AUGCGGUCGGCGAUCUUUACCGGAAUAUACCUAGUCUGGCUUGCCUGUUCGACGCACUAUGUCAUGGCGGCGCCCACGGGGGCCGUCAGAGCAAAAGCUGGAGGAUGCGCUUGUUGUCUUCACGUCAAACAAGUACCGCCGCCAAACCCAGUGAUGCAGGAGAGUGAAGCGAAGGUUGUUUCUGGAACGGAAAAAUUGAUUGAUAACCCUAGCAAAGGUGAACCCCCAGCCGUUCCAAGCAUCUCAAAGACCCCUAUUUCGGAAGAGAGGCCCUCAAACAAUGACGCUUAA